AGAUGAAAAAAAAAAAAAAAAAACUCUCACUCAAUCACUGAUACAUUCAUUCCCGAGCCCUCUCCGUUUCUUCUCUUCCUUCCAUCUCUCAAUUCUCCUCUCUCUCUCUCGUCGUUCUCUAUCUCUCGGUUACUCCUUGUGGACAGGCGAGGCUAUUGCUGCUUCACUUUUCGCUCCCUUCUCGUCGGUAGCGUGCAUGACUGCAUCAAUCUCGGUCCCGUGUUCUUGGCUUUUUGGGUUGAAGGUUUUGUAAUUUUCACCAUGAGAAGUGAGAACCUAUUUUGGAGAGGUUGAUUAAUCAUUUAUUGGAAGGUGGACUUUUGUUAGACUUGAAGAUGAGUUUGGUUUUAAGAUUGAAGCAUCAUUUGCCAAAUGGCUUCUGCAGAAAACCGAUUAUUUCCUCUGUGGUGGCAUUAAAUCUUGGGAAGUUAAAUGGAAUGUGGCAAAACUAUAGUCAGCCUGCAAGAAAUGACGAGGAAGAGGAAGAAGUGGAGAUUGACCAGAGGAGACUCCCCACUGAUUAUGAUCCAGCAACAUUUGAUCCUACACAGCAUCGCAGUCCUCCUACCGAUCGUGUUUUUAGGCUUGUAGAUGAAAUAUCUGGACUUACAUUGGCUGAAAUUGCUGAGCUGGGUUCCAUUUUGAUGCGUAAAAGGGGUAUGGCAGAAUCACUGAGUGUGGGAGUCAUUAAGGCAGGAGCUGCUGGCUUAGCGGGAAUGGGGACGAAAGCACCAGCAGCUGCCAAGGAGGAGAAGAAACAAGAAAAGACUGUCUUUGAAAUUAAAUUAGAAUCGUUUGAGGCGGCAUCAAAGAUCAAACUUAUCAAGGAGGUCAGGAGCUUCACUGAUUUGGGUCUUAAGGAAGCGAAGGAGCUAGUAGAGAAGGCACCAUCAAUUCUAAAGAAAGGAGUGUCAAAGGAGGAAGGAGAGCAGAUAAUUGAAAAGCUGAAAGCUCUUGGUGCAAAAGUUAUUUUGGAGUGAACACAGAGCGCAGCUAUGUAUGUUGACUUUUUGAUUCCAGACAUACUUUUCUUAUCAUUGUUUGGACUGAAACAAAUCUCGAUUAUAUUUGAAUUAGAAAGAGGAAAAUUGGAUCAAGGAUGCUCAGAGGUAUAGGGUUUUCGCGGUUUCUAAUCUUUUCGAGAAAACAUGGAUGUAUUUGCUGUCCUUGUGUUUUCUCUUUGUUUCUUAUAUAAACCUUUUCCAUGGCAGCUGUGCAAGAGAUGCAUGUGUAACACUUUACUGCAGGAUAUUUGGUCAUAGGCUUCUAUGGAGCAAGGAAGGAGCCCAACUUUUUAUUUAUUAUUAGCUAAUUGUCCCUUCCCUUGUACAGAACCACAUGCCUUGUUUUGUGGUCUACUCAUUUAUUUAGUCAUAUGAUGUUCUUAGAAGUCGUUAAAUUAAUAAAUUCAACCAAUGAAAACCAAUUAAAUUCAA